AUGGAGGACUACCACUCGGCCCCGAGGUGCUUUGUCUGCUCCAGACUAAUUAGGGCAUACCAAGAAGUUCUGCAAAGCCGUCCAGUCUACCUUCCCGCUCUGAGCGGGCAACGACUUUUGAAAACUAAAAGAGCUGAUUCCUCAGCUCUACUUCUAAGCUACAUUUCUGUGACGUAUCACGGUCUUUCAAUAUUUUUAACAUUUAGUGCACCAGCAAUAUUGCAAUCAGAUAAUGGUAGAGAAUUCAGUAAUCAAGUCAUAUUCGAAAUAUGCGUUAUGUGGAAAGAUGUGAUAGUUCAUGAAAAGCCUAGUCACAGUCAAAAACAAGGCUCAGUUGAAAGGGGCAAUCAGCAUAAACAGAAUAUGCUAACUGCAUGGAUGAACGAUAACGAUAUAAAUGAAUGGUCAGAUGGUUUACCGUUUGUUCAAUUUGCCAAGAACACUACAUACCACGAAGAAAUACGCCAAAGUCCUUAUGAAGCCAUGUUUGGCCUUAAAGCCAAAAGAGGCAUAGCAUCAUCUUUUUUGCCUAGCGAACAAAUCGUAAAUAUUGAAACCGAAGAAUAA